AUGAACAGGCAAAACUUCAUUGGAGGUAUCCUUAUCGGCCUCACCGGAGGGCUGUAUGCUGCUCUCAACCUCUUGGGUGCUGGAGGCGGAAAACCGAAUUCGUUCCAAGUUGUUCAGACCGCCAAUGCCACUCUUUGUGCCGUCUAUGCUGUUUCAGCCUGGUUUGGAGGGACUGUGUUGAACACCAUCGGCCCAGCCUUGACUGCUUUCUUCGGUGUCAUCGGAUAUAUCCUCUAUGUGGGAAGUUUGUGGUAUUUUGACCAGCAUGGCAAAGAGACUUUCCCAAUCAUCGCAGCUGUCUGCAUCUCUGCCGGCUUCAUCUACGUGACUUCCGGGUAUCUUUCCAUGUCGUAUUCGGAGGAGAACGAACGUGGAAAGUUCGUGGCAACAUCUAUCAACCUUCAGGCCACUGGCGCUGCAAUUGGUGGCCUGAUUCCUCUGAUCAUCAAUCAUGACAAGGCGACCAGCGCUGGAGUCCCUCCAGCCGUCUACAUCGUUUUCAUUGUCAUGGAUUUUGUAGGCUGUGCGUUGGCAUUUCUCCUGCGCCCGCCCGAAAAGGUAGUGAGAGAUGACGGAACCAAUAUCGCCGUGGUCAAGGCCCGUCCAUUCUGGGACGAGUUCAAAGGUAACCUCGAAGCUUUCAAGGAUUGGAGGAUGCUCGUAAUGAUUCCUGCUUUUGCUGUCAGUGAAUGCUUCCUCGUCUAUGGCGGUAGCGCGAAUGCGUUCCGCAACAGUCUCCGAGCUCGAAGUCUGCUGGGGUUUUGCUCUGUGACGCUCCAAAUCAUAUGCGGUUGGGCUCUGACGCUGCUCCUUGACAAUGAAAAACUCCGCCGUAAAACCAGAGCCCAGAUUGGUCUCGCCAUUACUGGCAUCCCGGUCAUGGCCGCAUAUAUCUGGGAGAUGAUCCGGACGCGCAAUUACGAUAGGAAUAAUCCUCCGUCGCCUCCCCUGGACUGGAACGAGCCCGGAUUUGGUCCCAUCUUCGUCCUGUUCAUGUUGAACUGGGUGUCGUGUUCGCUCUUCCAAUACAUGAUUCUUUACUUUUUGGGUUGUUUCACAAACAAUCCUCGAGUCGCGGCCAACAAUGCUGGCGUUUUCCGAGGAUUCAUGGCCGCGGGAGAAGCCAUCGACUUUGGCGUCGACAGCAUGGGGGUGCCUUUCUUGAAAGAAUCUGGGGCCCUCUUCGCCUUCUACACCGCCGGGGUCAUCGCGAUGGGAUACCUGGCGCUCUUCCAUAUCGACGAGACCAAGUACUUUACCGAAGAGGAGGUGACGAUCCCAAAACAUGUUCAGGAAGAGCAUGGCCAGACCAUGGUCAUUGAGGGAAUGACCAAGGGCACUUCGGAGACCACCACGGAUGAAGAGGCCGCGAUGGGCAAGGGCGCCACUGGCGUUGCGGAGGAGAUUAAGUUGUGA